AGUUAAAUUAACAUUUAUUUAUUUAUUAGUGAGAUUGUGAUAACUGUGUAGCUAAAAUGGUUUUCGAACAAUUAAUAUCACAGUGGCCUCAACAGAAACAAUUCAACAUACCAGACCAAACCGAUUUUUCUCAACAUCUAUUCCAAUCUGAACUACCUACGAAGAGCAAUUCAAUCACUUCCCAACAUCCAUUUGUUUUUAUUCAAACUGAAUCAGCAACGACACAAAAUUCUUUCGUAGAUGUAGACACGGCAAUGAAAACAAGUGAAACUAUUGAAGAAAUUUUACCAACUACAACAGAAACUUUAUCGAGCAUAUAUACUAGCAUUAGAGACUCUCUAACCACUACCCAAAAUAGUUUGGUUACGGAAUUACAAGACAAAUCAACAAUUUCGUUAAACGUAACUUCAAAUUCCUUUUCAACCGAGGAUAUAAGUAACACGGUUACAACGGAAACGAGUAUGCUCGUCACAUCCAAUUACAGUGACAUUUUAACAGUUUCACAAACGUCUUCGACGGAUCUUGUGACUGAUAAUAAUUUAAAUUUGACAAAAAUGAUAACAACGACUUCGGAGGCCGUUUCCAAUAGUUUUAAUGUAUUUACAGAUGAAAUUUCUACUACUAAGAGUAUAUUGGAUAAUGUUAAUGGUACAUCUACUGAUGGAAUUUAUCAUACAACUGAUGACACCUGUUGGAUUUAUUAUGUUAUAAUUGGGGUUAUUAUUGGAAUCUUGGUUAUAUUUGCUGUAGGUGUAACCUUUUUUUAUAAGAUGAAACAAAGGAAACGGUGUCCCGAAUAUGAAGUAUCACAAAUUCAACAGAUAAGCAUUGAUUGAAAAAAUGAUGGUGAAUGACAAAAUGUAUUUUAGUUUGAAAAUUCAAUUUAAUGAGAGUUCUACU